AUGAACGCUGACGAGAUUUAUGGCGACAGCACUCAUCUGGCCGAGUUAAUCCGCGUACGAGCUCUUACUUCGAGUCAGUUGGAAGCCGAACUGCGACUUGUGCUUGAUGCCGUUCACCAACAAGUGCGGAUAGCGUCGACGCUCGCAUUGCAAUGGGAUCAUAUCAAAAACGACAACGCGUUCCAGUCGGCUCCAUCAGGAGAGCAAAUCCUCAUUACAAGUAGAUGCCUUCGUACAGCGGAAGUGACAAAGGAAAGAGUCCUACGCUUAGACACGCGUUACAUUCUGACGGAUCUCGUCUAUGAGAACCACUCGUUCACGGGGCGAAUGUCGCGGUUCGACCGACAAGACUGGCUCAUGAAGGACCACAAAUUGGACGUGAGAAGUGACAUAGUUCUGGAGCUGAUCAACAGGCAGAAGAGGCUCUUGGAAGCGGAGAUCAGAGAAAUGGAAGCUUUCCUCGGCCGACAGGAGAAAGCACUAAACGACGAGUACGCUUGCGUAGAGGAUCGCGUUUCCUCGGUCCUGAAAAGAGAGUUCGAGUUACUGCACGAUCAGUUAGAUGGACGAUCCAACGAACAGGUGGAAGUGCUCAUAGACAUGCUGACUGCUCAAAAGGAAGAGAUGCAACAGCUCAAACAGACGAUACAAAGAAUGGAAGAAUCCAACAAUGUUGAGACGGCAGCGCCAGAUGAUAGAUCACUGUCAAAGUAA